GAAGAAGACUCAGCUACAACGGCAAUGGAUCUCCUCGCCCCAGAAAUACAGACAAGCGUUGAGGAUCAAUAUGCUAGCCGUAAACUAGAGCUCGAAACUGCCAUUAAAGAGCUACUGGGGGAAGCCUACAUCGUCGAUGUCGACCUGUGUGCCGUCUGGCCAUAUGCAGAGCGAAAUGGGGGCUCAAAUUUUGGUGCUACCAUCACUGGGUAUUUCGAAGGAUUCAUCGCCGCAUUGAAACGUUACGUGAGGAUAUACGGAGAGCCAGGCAAGCUUUGCUUCAAUCGUGUGGUCACAGAACGCACCAUCGAGCUCAAGGUCAAUCCACUGGGCGAGGAGUAUUCGUCCGCUAUAUCGGCAUCGAUAACCCACGGCGUGUACGCUAUUCUAUUUCAUCCCCGUUGGUUUGGCACACCAAUGUGUGUCCCUCCCCGCGACCACGGCUUCGAGGUCAUCCGGCGCGAAGUCGACCGUCUGCAGGUGCCCAUGAAUCUGCUCGGCCAUUCCUUCACGCUUGUUGCCCAGCACUCGGUGGAAAAGCUAUUCGAUUCGGAGUCGGCGCGUCUGCAAACUGGAUUCAGCCGGCUCCUCGGGGUCCCGGUCGUGCUCGAUCCGAACUGGGGCGAGGUCUACGCCGCCCUACAAGCAACGCGCCGCUCACAUGACUCGGAUAACGGCCUCGGCCAAUAUGCUUUUCGCUGCUUUGAAGACCUUUACGAUCGACUCGAAAUACUACCAGAACUACGAGACCCCGCAACGCAGCAGCAGAUUCGAAGCCGCCUGUCCGAGUCGACUUUCACCAUCCGCCUUCAGGUCCUGCUUCAGAAAGAAUCGGACAUUGAUCUUGUAGUUGUCCAAUCGGGCGUAGCUCUGAUCCAGUUCACUCCAUCUCUCUUUCUUCACGGUGAUGGGUAUCGUGACAAGGGGGCCUGGCUACUCAAAGAUAUUCUCCAACUCGAGUAA